CGCGCUCCUCAACCGCCUUUGAGCUGCGUCUUUUUCUUGAUGGUGUUGGUGUGGAUACGAGGGUGAUACUAGAGAUGGCUUCUGCGCUGGGGUCAGGUUGCCUGACCCACUUCUGGCGAUACUGGACCAUCCUUUGGUCUCGCUUGGCUUCUUCAGCCAAUGUCUCCGAGUUCUCGGAAGAUAAACAGCGGAAUAGGAUCCUGCCAUGGCUCAAGUUGAAAGACCCGCCGAUUCCCUGUCCAAGAAAGACGCACGAGGCACUGGCUGCAAAAGCAAGAGGCGAUUUAUUGAUACACAGGCGCCUGCGGGUGCUCAGCGAAACCUCAGCCGGAGCUUCGGUGAACUGGCACACCGGGCUUUGGGGAAAAGGAAAAGAGAUGGAAACCAAGAAGACAACCAUCACUGCUUCCAUUCCAAAAGGACUCGGAGAAACCUUCUCUUUCAGGAUUCUCAAGAUAAAGAGACAAUACUUGAAAGAAAAAGCAAUUCAGAAAGCCAACUGAGUGGAACCCAGAUGUAUGUGUAUUCAAGCAGUGUUACUGAAAGGAACAUCAGCAGCAUUCAUAGCCCAGAGAGAGCAGGUGGACCAGAAAGCAACAUAAAUCGGAUUGCUGCUGAACACGACCUGAGCACCUGUCAGUUCUUGCAUGAGGAGAAUAUGCUGUCCCAAGGUCCUUACUGCCAAAUUAAUCAGAUCUUGAAGGAAGCUCACUUCUACAGCUUACAGCAGCGAGGACAGCCCCCAACCUGAUGAACUAGGAGCCCCUUAUUCCAACUUAAAAUGUGUUUAUAAAAGCAAUUGCAUACGCACGAAAAAGAUCUUUUGAGGUUUCUGUCUAUAUUUUAAUGACAGGCUUAUGGGCCAAUUUUGUUGCACCCAUGCAAUUUCAAAAAGGCUUUAAUAAAAUGCUUAUGAUAUUCUUUUCAA